AUGGACUGUUAUUUUAAUCCUAAAAAACAAAACAAUAAAUACAAUCGAUUUCCACAUGAUUUAUAUGAUAGUCUUGAAUCCAAACACUACAGCAUCCCUCCAGCAGAAAGAAAUGAGCAUGAUGGCUGGGUGACUGCCAGAUUUUCACCUCACCGAAAUCAAGAGAACAUUAUAUAUCUAGGUGAUGAUCCAGGAAAUAUUGGGGUAUUCAAUGCCGAUCUGAUUUGCGAUCCUCACGUGCCUAUUGAGAAAAAGCGAUUACAUUUUUUCUCUGCUCAUUAUGGAACAAUUAUGGAUAUCGUCGGAGUACCACGUAAAGAAUCGCAAAUUGUCUCGAUUUCCGGCGAUUCGACGAUCCGAUGUUGGGAUCUCAAUCAGAAAGAAGAUGAUAGAAAAUCGGAGCUCUUCCUCGGCCAUGAAGGCUCGGUGCGAGCCAUUGAUUUUGUACCGGAUGAUUCAAAUGUUUUCGUCACCGGAUCGAGAGAUGGACAGGUGAAAGUUUGGGAUAUGCGUGUCUCAAGUUGUCGUAAAAAGGAAAAGGAAUAUAGACCGCCAAUAUCGUCCUACAGAUGCGCACACCCAUUUCUUUUAGAAAAAAACAAUGGAACGCCUCGAUCGAAAUCGAAGAAGCAGAUUACUGCGACAAGUGUGACAAGCGUGAUAUUCGUCAAUGAGCACACGGUGGCGUCGGCUUCGAGCAGCGCAGAAACUGGAAUUCGGUUAUGGGACAUUCGAAAAUCAACACAUAAUAAUGAAGCGAGCCCAGCGUCAAUUUUACAAAUUCCAGUCACUAAAAAACGACAAGCAGGUUUUGGUGUCACAUGUCUCUCAAUGGAUCGGUUUCGUAGCAAUUUAUUCGCGUCAUGCACAAAUUCGAUAAUUUAUGAAUACGCUACAACAACAACUGACACAUCUCCUAUUCGUGCGUUCAGUGGUGCCGUGAUUCGUGAUUACUAUACCCAAGUCGCAUGCUCUCCAAUUGGCGACUUCUUCGCUUGUGGUAGUGAAGAUAAUCGAGCCCUUAUUUGGGAUCUUCAAGAUCAAUAUAGCUACGCGAAUUCUUGGUAUGAGCCUGACGAGGCUUUGAAGCAGCGAACAACUCUGCCAAAGUGGUCUUGUGGUGGGCAUGAGAGCAAGGUUUUGGGGGUUGGAUGGAGUGUGAAUGCCAAGUAUUUUAUGACCCUAGAUGACGAUGGAUUGAGGAUAUGGACUGGAAACCAAAAAGUUCAGCCAUGGAAAUGCCUUGAUAAUGAAAAAUCACCUGUGAAAUCGUUUAAUGAUUCAUCACCUGGUUUACUUUACGAAAAAGCCGCGAGGUACAAGUUGUCCGAUCAGGAAGAGACAAUGAUCCAAAUUGAUGAUAUGAGUUUGACACCGCGGAGAAGGAGCAACUCGAUUCAGAUAAACACCCCGAAGAAGAGAAUCCCGAAGCGGCCGCUGAUGAGGAGUCCGUUCAAAUCGCCGUCGAAGUGCUCGCCGCAAGCCAAGAUGUCCAAAAUCUCGUCAUCGCCUCCGAAAUCCAUAUUAUCUGCUGUAAAUAUUCCCAAUGGCGAAAUGACGCCAAAACAGAAAAAACCGAAAUUUAAUCCAUUUUUCUCCAGAUAUCCCACUGAAAAUUUGCCAAAUUUUGUGUAUGAUCGAUUUGUUGCCAGCCUGAUUGGUGAGAAAUCUGAAUUGGAGCCCCAUCAAGAGUUGAGCAAGACGAGCCGCAAACGGAUUGACGAUUGGUGGCAGAAAACGACAAAAUCGCAAGAGAAUUGUGGGGUCUCGCCGCGAACGAGGUUGCCGAGCGUUUCGGAAUUUGGCGAAUCGGUUUGCUCUCGGGUGAUAUCGGAAGAGCAACGGCUAUUGUCUCCGAAAAAGUUGAUUGUUAAAACGGCGACAAGUGCGGUUAAAACUACGGAAAAUUGUCAGAAAAUAACACCGAAUCGUAGAACAAGUAGGAACCUGUUACAUUAUUUCAAUAAGAAAGACGACUAA